CGUGAAUUUCACACGCCUAUGGGUGAUGUCGAGCUGGCGAAUCUCCUGUCGCUGCUGGAGGGCGCCGUGAGCGAAGAUGUCGCGCGUCUCGCCUUGCAGCAGGCAGGCAGCGUGGAGCUGGCGGUUUGCCGCAUCUUCGGGGAAGCAGGAGGAUGCGCUGGCAUCAUCGACCUUGAGGAGCCAGGCGAACCUCGCGCCGGAUCAGGCCCAGGGUCCAAGGCGAAGCCGAAGGCAAAGCCCAAGGCAAAGCCGAGCAAGGCCGCGGGCCCCGCGGCCCCCGCGGCCCCCGCGGCCCCGGCAGCCCCCGCAGCCCCUGCAGCCCCGGCUCCUGACCCCGCAGCCCCUGCUUUACCUGCGGAGCCGGAGUGCGAAGGCGAGCCUCGGGACGAUGCGGACACGCAGCCUGCCAGCGACGGCGAGUUUCGUGCGGAGGCAAUCCCGGAGUUCGAGGAGCUAGGCUCCCACUACGAUGUGGCACCCAAGGACACCUGGCGCCCCAUCAGCUUCCAGUCCUUCGGUCACAGCUGGGCCCGAAAACUUCUGCAGAAGGAUCCUCCAUGUUUGUCCCUGGGCCAGAACGACGAGUGGCAGGUGGUGAGCAGCAGUGGCGAGAUGCAUUGUGCUACACAGACGGGCGUGCGGCCGCGCUUCGCGGCCAAGUUGGAAAGCCAGCUGAAGCUGAGCAAAGAAGGCCAGCACGUGGCCGUGAAGAAGAGCCUGCUCAACGAUCUCUUUGAGACCAUGCUAGCGAAGGUGCGAUAUCCGCCCGGCGAGCUGAGCUUCGGGUGGCGCAUGCGGAAGCUGGACGCGCAGGACCUAGGGCGCCCGGCGCCUGCGGACCUCACGGGGCCGCUGCCGCCGCGGCCCUUCAAGCUCCUGGACAACGGCUGUGAUGCUGCAGCAGAGCAGCCGCCGCACUUCUUGAAGCACCCCCUCCGCCCGGAGCAGCAGAGGUCCCUGCAGUGGAUGCUCUCGCGAGAGGCUGCGCAGGAUGAGGCCUUUAUGGCUGAGUGGAGGACCUUCUGGACUUCCUUCGAGACCAACUCCAUUGAGGGCAGGGAGGAGGAGCAGUUCGUGCCUGGCGCGCUGGUGGAGGUCCGGCGUGCCGCACUGGGGCCCUUCUUCAAGGACGGGCGACCAGUGGAGAAGAUCUCCCUGCAGGGCAACGGUGAGGUGCAAGACAACACCGGCCCGCAGGUGGUGGUGCGUUUCGCCUGUGGCAUCGUGGCGUGCCCGCCACAGGACCUGAGCUUUGUGGACCAGGGCGACAUCCGGCCUGGGUGCAAGGUGAUGCUCAAGGCCGACUUGAAGGCCCCAGCCUUUGGGUGGGGCGGCGUCACCCACGCCAUGGUCGGGAUCUUCAUUCGCCAGCUGGACACUGCCACCGUGCAAAUCAAGUGGCCGAUCCACCCACAUUGGAAGGGCAAGCGCAACGAGAUCCGCCGUGCAGAUGCCUACGACACGGGGAAGCGGUGCCCGCUGGUUCUGGACCUCCGGAUCCGGGCUGCCUACCCAGUGCGCGGCGGCAUCUUGGCAGACAAGAUCGGCUACGGCAAGACGGCGACGACCAUCGCCCUCAUUGACCGACAGCUGAGGCAGCCCGUGCCAGAGAUCCCCAAGGUGGACCGGGGAAACUUUCUUCCAGCGCAGGGCACGCUGAUCAUCGUGCCCUCCAACCUCUUCGAGCAGUGGAUCAAUGAGAUCGGGAAGUUCCUCUGGGACGGCUGCCUGCGGCCACAGAUGAAGGCCGGCUGGAGCCCGGCCACCUUCCCGCUGAAGGUCUUCGCCAUGAGCAACGUGGCCCCCCUCGGCAAGGCCAAGGCUUCGGAAGUCGCCAGUGCGGACGUGGUGAUUUGCUCCUACCGGCUCCUGUAUUCGCAAAUCUACCUCAACCGCCGCAAGGAGCUGCUGGGCUCCACAGGCGAGCUCUUCAACUUGCAGGGCCGAGUGAGUCAGCUGCUGAAAGGUGGCAGGCUACCCAGCGGCCGGAAGCCGGGCGUCUUUGCCAAUGACUGGAAGGAGUUCCCGGUGCUGGAGAUGUUCUACUGGAAUCGCAUCGUAUUCGACGAGUUCCACGAGCUCGAGAGCUUCGAGAGCACCCAGCAGAACAGCCUGCAGUUCUUGCGUGCCCACUUCCGCUGGGGUCUCACUGGCACACCGCCUGUGGAAAACAACGCAGGCGCCAUCUUCAUGUCCUCCUUGUUCCGCAUCGAUCUGCCUGGCUACCUGGACUUAGCGUCCGCCGGGGUGGAUUUGGAGUCUUGGGAGUCCGAUCGCCUCUUGACGGAGUCCGUGCAGCGCUUCCUGGACGACUACGUGCGGCAGAACACGGCAGAGCUGCCCCACAUUCGACUGGAGGAGCGCUGCGUGGUGGUGCGGCACACGGCCGCGGAGCGCGCGCUGUACCUGGGCCAGGCCCACGAGGCGGACCUCGGCCUGGGCCUUAGCGACGCCUUCAAAUCCGAGGCCAACGUGAGCGCCUUGGAGCGGCUCCUCAAGCUUUGCUCCCACUUCCAGGUCGGAGGCGCCGAGGUGGGCAAUGCCGACCAGGAGUGCGAGCGCAUCUUCGACCAGAAGGAGCGGCGCCUAGUGAGAGCUAGGAACCAAAUGCGCCGCUGCUGCCGCGUCAUGGUGCUGCUUCAGCGGCUGCUGGCCACACAGAAGCGAAGGAAGCUGGCGUGGGAAGCGGAACUGGACAAGAUGAAGGCGACCCUCACGGCUGAGGGCAAUGCUGCGAAGCUGCUCUGUGAGGAAGAAGCGGCGGAGGCGGCCGCGGCCCGGGCGGAGCCGGAGGAUGAUUUUCUGGCGAACCUCGACGGCCACAAGCCCCGGUCCGAGGAGCUCCUCAGAGUUCUAGGACCCGACGGUCCCAAGCGAGGCUCCGUGGAGGAGUGGUCCAACCUCAUGCACAGCUCCCUUGAGGUGGCUUUGUUGGAGAAGUUGCUGAUCCUGCAAGCCAAGGAGCAGGCGCAGAACCUCUGGGAGAUGCACGAGGCCUCGGGCUCCAUGGACUUCUUCCGGCGCACCGUGGCGGCCAUGGCCAAGGGCAAGCCCGAGGACCGCAGCUGCUCCGUUUGCAUGGAAGACGACUUGCCACUGCAGAAGCUUGCCAUCACCCCGUGCGCGCACACUUUCUGCAUUGCUUGCCUCCGGGAGACUGUGGACAAGUUCAGCAAGUGCAGCCUGUGCCAGCGGCCGCUUUCCCAGAAGGAUGUCCGGGCCCUGGUGGCAGAGCUGGACGCCGCCACGGCGGAGCCGUCCUCCUCCUCCAAGGACACAGCUGCGCCUCCGCUCUCUGGCGUGGACUUGGGCAAGUACGGCACGAAGCUGGCGGUGCUGGUUCAGAAGCUCCACGAGCUUCGACACUCCGACCACACCGCCAAGGUGAUUCUCUUUGUUCAGUUUGACGAUCUCAAGCGGAAGGUCUGCGCAGCUUUGAACGAGUUUGGCAUCCCUUGCGCCGUCCUUCACGGAGGUGUCGGGCAGAGAGCUAGCAUUAUCCGGGACUGGCAGAACAAUCCUCAGUCGGACACCUUCGUGCUGUUGUUGUCUCUGCAACAGUCGGCCUCAGGCACCAAUCUGACGGCUGCAAGCCAUGUGAUUUUUCUUCAUCCGAUGCUGGCGCCCAAUGCGGAGAAAGCUGUCGGCUACGAGAUGCAGGCGAUCGGCCGUGCCCGGCGCCACGGGCAGCAGCGGGACGUGGUGCACGUCUGGCGCUUCGUGACAACGGACACCUUGGAGCAGGCCAUCACGGAGCGGCAUCAAGGAGCACUGUGGAAGUUGGAGCAGGCGUCGUAACCGCGUAACACAAGCAGACCAGACCGCAAGCAGGAGCGGCAGCUUCGCGAGGAGCGGGCGCAGCCAGCCGCUGGCGUGGAAGGCGAAGAGCGGCAUCCAGAGAAUCCGAAGCCGAAUCCGAAGCGAGAGGGAGACAAACGAGGAGAGGCGAAGAAGAGGAAGAAGGAGAAGGAGAAAGAGGAGAAAGAGGAGAAGCACAGAAAGAAGGGGAAAGGAAGCUGAGUCUUCCUGCUAAUGCACCCAGCUUUCAGGCGUUGACGGCUGAAGCUGAGCGCUUGCCUUGCAAGCUCUUCUCUCUUUGUGGGCGGCUGAGAGACCUC